AUGAAUAGCAUUGAUAGUUAUUAGAGUAAAGCUACAAUUAAUGCAUAAUCGAUUAUUUCUAAGAUAGCCACUCGAAAUGGGCAAGCUGAUCAUAGCUCCUUGAUUGCAGCUUUGGAUGAGGAAACUGUUUCAGCUGCUUGGAAUGCAUUUGGUCUUCAUAUUUCAAGACAAUUGCGUAUGGGUAGAGGAGUGGCAGUCAACAAGUUUGGAACGUUUUCAUUUAGUGCUCCAGACGUAGUUUUGGAUGGAGUAACAAAUCCAGUAGAUAGAGAUAAGUAGCCUCGUUAACCAGUAUUUCUUGUUGCUAAAGAAUUUGUUAAUGGCUUUAAUCUCAAAACUGCCAUAGCCAAUGGCCGAUAAUUAAGACCUUAUAACAUUCAAACAUCUGGUAAAAUUUAACAUGCUAUUGUCAAUUGGGCUGAGAUUGCACUCUAUGCCUCUUAGAAUAAGGAUUCUGCUAAGAUGGCCGUGGAAAGAGUGUUAAAAUCAUUAUCUGAUAUUGUGCGAAACAGAGACAUAGUAGAAGUUGAGAUUCCAUGCGUCGGUACUUUCUUUGUCAAAGCGCGUUGUGCUGCAGUCUAGUUCCUUGAAUCUUUGAUGGAUAGUUGCAAAGAAAUAACCAAAAGACCCUUGUCAGAAAGAAAAUCAAAGGGAGACAUGAGAUUGACUCAAUAAUAUCUGCAAUAAUUAAGUAAAAGUUCACAUCCGGAGGAAAAUAAUUUUAUCAUUGAUGAUAACGCAAAAAAUUAUCUUACUAACUAACUCGGAAUUGAAUUGCCAGAAACAAGACCUAAAACAGCCAAACAUUCCUUAUAUUCAACCAAAAAAGGACCUCUAACGAGUAAAACUAUUGAAGUAAGACCAUCAACACAACAAGCCUCAAGAAUAGGCUUCUCCAGAUCUGUAAAUGACAAAGUCUAUGCACUCGAAAGAUUGAAAUAUUACAUUAGAGAUCAUGCCUUAAAUAUAGAGGAUUCCUUUUUGGAUUUGUGUUAAUAGGCCUUUGGGAAGACCAAUGAGAGAAAGGUUCGCAUGAAUUUCGAUGAUUUCAAAAGAGCUGCCCUAUAAAUUUAAUUGCCACUCAAUGAAAUUCAAAUUAUCACAUUGUUUUAGACACUUGAUGUAAAUAAUGAUGGAUUUAUUGAUAAAUUUGAUUGGCUUAAGGCUGUUGUAGAUAAAAAAACUCAUGUUAAUUACAUCAAGGACGUUGUCUUUAAAUUCUAAAUUCACACUGAUGAUCUAUUACAAAGAAUGAAUUUGAAUAGAGAUCAUCCUCCAAUUAACCUCCAGUAAUUGAAAUCAGCUUUAAUGCAUUUAGACGAAUCGUUAAAUUAGAAUAAAGCACUGAAAGUAGCAAAAGAGAUUUUGGAUGGAAAAGAAACCAUCAGUAUGAAUGACAUUUUAAUCCUAUUCAAUACAGUUGAGGAGGAGGAUAAAUUAUAUGAUCUAUCAUGGUUCAAAGAUACUCUCCAUAAAAUGAGAGAUCACCUAAUAAAUCCUUAGAAAUUGAAAGUCCUGAGACAAUCUUUUGAAUAUUUUGAUGAGCAUUAAGAAGGUAAUUUGGAUACAGCUAAUUUUAAAACUGUAUUGAUGGAGAGUUAAUUGGCAUUGAAUGUUUAAGACAUCAAUAGAUUAGUUCGAUAUCUCCCAAAGAAUAGAGAAUCUUUGAUAAAUUAUUACGAUUUCAUUUAAAUGAUUAUGGAUGUUGAUAAAUAAAUGGAGUAAAAGGAUACAGCAAAAGAUCUUGUUGAUUUUGCUUAAAAAAUCAGUAAGUACCUGACUCAAAGAAAGUUUACAGUCAUUCAAUUUUUAUAGUAAGUAAAGUCUGGAUAUGGUUCUUGUAAUAUUGAAUCUACUUCUCAAUAUCUUGAAAAGAAUCUCUUUUCACAACUACCCCAUGAAGAAUGCUUGGAAUAUUGCAGAGAAAUGGAUGUUGAUGGAAAUGGAGUUGUAAGUGAUGAAGACAUGAAUAUUUUCAUUAAAAGAUAUUCGUAUUUUAACAUAAGAAAAGAUCAAUCUCAAAUUGAAUAAAUUGCUGAAAGCAUGAAAAUCAAACCUUAAUUUGGUGAUACUUUAUCAGCCAUUGAAAAAACGUUUGUCUAAUCCAAAUCUAUUGAUUUAGUGACGAUGGGCCAAAAAAAGAUGUUUUAAUCCUUGGUUGAUGGAAUGAGUCAAACAAAAAGUCUUUUCCCAAUUGAAGAAUUGCCAGAAUCAAAGUUUGAUCAAAUUCUAAAAGACUUACGAAUUAAAUUAACUAGGAAGGGUAUGACUUAUGAUGAACUCUUUACCUUUCUAGACACUGAUCAUAAUGGAUUCUUAUCAAUUAGCGAAUUUUAUAAUAUUGAUAAAAUCAUGACUUUGAGCUAGCCCGCUAAGGAUGGGUUUUUUGCUUUUAUGGAUAAGUAGAAAAUUGGUUUAAUCGAUUUAAAUACCUUUGUAAAGUUUUUGAGCAAGUCUAUAAUAUAGCAGAUGCCAUAAUUGUCAGAAGAUGAUUGGGAUUGGGAAUUGGAGAUCUUAUUUAAAAUAAGAAAUUGGUGUCAAAGGGAGAAUAUUACUAUUGAGGAUGCAUUCAGAACAUUCGAUAAAGAUUUUGAUGGAUAAAUAAAUAAAACUGAUUUAAGGACAUUCUUAAAGGAUAUCUUGAAAAUAGAAGAGAAGGAGAUUACUGAAGCUAAAAUUAACAGAUUAUUCAAAUUGAUGGAUUAAUAUAAAAGAGGAAAAAUAACAUUAAUGGAUUUCAGAAGAUUUGUAGAAGAAGGAUUUUUCUAUGGUAAAAACAAACAAAUAUUUGGAUAAACCACAACUUUAGGAGUAAAAUAAUAACAAGAAUCUAAGUCCUCUUUUGAUUGGAAGAUGAAUGCUAGACAAUAGAUAGGGUUAAUUAUAAGUAGACAUUAUCCAAAUGUGAAGGAGUCUUUUGAUAUUGUGUCAGGAUAUCGUAAGAAAUUGGUAUUCUAGAAGUUUAAGAAGUGGAUAGAUGAAAAAAAUGUUUUGGCAGGAUUUGAUUUAACAGAAAAAUUAGUGUAUGAGAUAUUUUCAGACUUGGAUUCUCAUAAAAAAGGGUAUUUGAUUGAAUCAGAUUGGUUGAAUGCAUUUGCUCAAUAUAAUUGGUAAGAUUAGAUGAUCAAGGAGAUUUAGGACGCCUUAUCAACUUAUUUCUCUAGCAUUUAAAAUGCAAUCCAUUAUUUUUAGAUGGAACACAGUCACAUCAUUACUAAAGAAAGCUUUUAUAAGGCUUUAUAGGCAUUGUUUCCAAAGAGAUUCGUUGAAGGGGAUAUUGAAAUCCUGUGGAAUAGAGUUUAAAAGAAUGGGUCAUUAAGCAAUCAUGCAUUUGCACUUAUUUUUGGAAAAGGAGGAAAAAUCUAUGAACCCACAGAAGGAUAAUAAUAAUAAUAAUUAGCUAUACGCCCAGCAACUUAAGGUGGACUAUCCGAAUUACCUUUGGAUGAGAGAAAUUAAGUGAAUAUCAGCUUGUUAGAUAAGAUUAGAAGGUUCCUAAGAAAUUCAAAUAAAAAUCUUAAUGAAUUAUUCAAGUAGUAUGAUUUAGACAACACUGGAUUCAUAACUAAUCUAGAAUUCAGACAGGUCAUCCGAAGUUUGAAUAUGGGAUUGACCUUUUAAGAUAUUGACAUCUUAUCUGCUAUGUUGGGUACAGAUAGAAAUAGUAUGGUGAAUUGGAAGGAAUUUUCUAAGAAGUUAGAUUUUAGAUAAGCUGAUAAUAAGAUACUUGAGAGAGCUGGCAUUCAUUUAUAAAGAGUCAAUGAUCACAUUUACCAUUAUUUGUUGUCUCCUAAGGAUGCAUUCAGAUAGAUAGAUGCUCAACACACAGGAUUUCUGACCUUCGAUAAAUUUAAGGACAUGAUUGAAAUGCUAUAUAGAUUGGCUACUGAAGAAGUUCCACCAUUUGCUAUAAUAAAAGAUCUAUUUGAAUUCAUUGAUAAAAGAAGAGAUGGACAUAUAGAUUUGACUGAGUGGAUGGAUGCAUUCUCUAAAUUCUCAAAUCCUAAUGAGAAGAAAAGACCGGUGAGUGCUAACGUCAGAAUUAAGAAAGCCUCUUAGAAGUCAUUAAUGGCUUAGACAGAUAAGAAUUGGUUGGCCAAAUCGAAUGGACCUCAUCAUUAAUAAUUUGAAGGAUUAACUGAAGAUGGAUUGAUAAAUGCUUAAAGCAAAUUCAAAACAUUCCUCAGAAAACCACCUGCUAAGUAGAAUGCUCUUCAAUAUGUUGAGAAUGGAAUUUGGGAGAGUUCAAAAGAGUUUGAUAAAACCAUAAAUGCUAUCGGAAAGAAUAGAAAAUACCUUUUGGAAAUCUUUAAACAUUUAACACAAAAUGGACAAAUCCCAUUGACGGAAGAUCUUAUCAAAUAAGAGAUGGAUAGGAUGUUGAGAUCUUAAGGUAUUGUUGUCAGAGAUGAACAGUGGCCUCAACUAAUCUCUUGGUCAAAGAAGAAUGGCCGCAUUGAUUAUAAGUUUUUACUUGAAGUGUACAAAGAUCGCUUAAAUGGGAUGGACACCCAGCCCAGAACGGGGGAUGACGAGUGA